ACACAUGGCAGAACAGCAAAAAGAUCAGAUGUUUAUAUAGCUGGAUUUUUUCCGUAUGGCGAUGGUGUUGAGAAUUCUGAUACGGGACGAGGUGUAAUGCCAAGCGUCAAGUUGGCCUUAUCACAUGUCAAUGAACAUCCCAGGAUACUGACAAAUUAUCGUUUGCACAUGUGGUGGAAUGAUACCGAGUGCAAUGCUGCCGUUGGUGUCAAAUCCUUUUUCGAUAUGAUGCAUUCGGGACCCAAUAAACUGAUGUUGUUCGGUGCUGCCUGCACCCAUGUUACCGAUCCGAUUGCUAAGGCUAGUAAACAUUGGCAUUUGACCCAGCUAUCAUAUGCCGAUACCCAUCCCAUGUUUACUAAAGAUGCUUUUCCUAACUUCUUUCGGGUGGUACCCUCCGAGAAUGCAUUCAAUGCACCGCGCUUAGCACUGCUGAAAGAGUUCAAUUGGACUCGUGUGGGAACAUUGUAUCAGAAUGAACCACGCUACUCGUUGCCUCACAAUCACAUGGUAGCUGAUUUAGAUUCCAUGGAAUUGGAGGUGGUGGAAACGCAGAGUUUCGUCAAUGAUGUGAGUGAAUCACUAAAGAAGUUACGUGAAAAGGAUGUUCGUAUUAUAUUGGGUAAUUUUAAUGAACAUUUUGCCCGCAAGGUCUUCUGUGAGGCGCACAAGUUGGACAUGUAUGGCAGAUCGUAUCAGUGGCUGAUAAUGGCCACAUAUUCUACGGAAUGGUGGAAUACCACCAUUGACACGGAUUGCACUGUGGAGGAGUUAAUCCAGGCUUUGGAGGGUACAAUGAUGGUGGAUCUGUUACCAUUGUCUACAAGUGGUGAUAUAACAAUAGCAGGAAUUACGGCCGAUGAAUAUCUUUCGGAAUAUGAUAGUUUACGUGGCAAUGAAUAUUCCCGUUUCCAUGGUUAUACCUAUGAUGGCAUUUGGGCUGCUGCAUUGGCCAUACAAUAUGUGGCCCAAAAACGUGAAGAUUUCCUAACACAUUUCGAUUAUCGUGGCAAAGAAUGGGAAAAUGUGUUUUUGGAAGCGCUGCGGAACACUUCAUUUGAAGGUGUUACGGGUCCCGUACGUUUUUACAACAACGAACGUAAAGCUAAUAUUUUGAUAAAUCAAUUCCAAUUGGGACAAGUGGAAAAAAUUGGUGAAUUCCAUUCACAACAAAAUCAUUUGGAUCUUACAUUGGGAAAGCCGGUGAAAUGGGUUGGUAAAACUCCGCCAAAGGAUCGGACACUGAUCUACAUCGAACACAGCCAAGUAAAUCUGACAAUAUAUAUUAUUUCGGCAAGUGCAUCUGUUGUUGGAAUGAUUAUUGCCUGUGUAUUUUUGGCCUUUAAUAUUAAAUAUCGAAAUCAAAGAUACAUUAAAAUGUCCAGUCCCCAUUUAAAUAAUUUAAUUAUUGUCGGUUGUCUGCUGACCUAUAUGAGUGUAAUAUUUUUGGGUCUUGAUACAACAUUGAGCAGUGUUGCGGCAUUUCCAUAUAUUUGUACAGCACGGGCAUGGAUUUUAAUGGCCGGUUUUAGUUUGGCAUUCGGGGCAAUGUUUUCGAAAACCUGGCGGGUGCACUCGAUAUUCACCGAUUUGAAAUUGAACAAAAAAGUCAUUAAAGACUAUCAGCUGUUUAUGGUUGUGGGUAUUUUACUGUUCAUCGAUAUUGCCAUAAUAACGACAUGGCAAAUAGCCGAUCCAUUUUAUCGUGAUACCAAACAAUUGGAACCAAGGCAUCAUGAGCAUAUGGAUGAUGUUUUGGUUAUACCGGAAAAUGAAUAUUGUCAAUCGGAACAUAUGACAAUAUUUGUUAGCAUCAUUUAUGCCUACAAAGGCUUGCUAUUGGUCUUUGGCGCCUUUUUGGCCUGGGAAACACGACAUGUUUCCAUACCAGCUCUAAACGAUUCUAAACAUAUCGGUUUCUCCGUCUACAAUGUAUUCAUCACCUGUAUUGCUGGGGCUGCCAUCUCGUUGGUGUUGUCGGAUCGCAAAGAUUUAGUUUUUGUCUUACUCUCAUUUUUUAUAAUUUUUUGUACGACAGCCACUUUGUGUUUGGUGUUCGUACCGAAACUGGUCGAAUUGAAACGUAAUCCACAAGGUGUUGUGGAUAAACGUGUCAGAGCCACUCUACGGCCUAUGUCGAAAAAUCGUCGUGAUUCGUCUGUCUGUGAAUUGGAACAACGUUUGCGUGAAGUGAAAAAUACGAAUUGUCGUUUCCGCAAAGCUUUAAUGGAAAAAGAAAAUGAACUGCAAGCUUUGAUUAAGAAACUGGGACCGGAGGCACGUAAAUGGAUUGAUGGUGUAACGUGUGGUUCGGGUGGUGGUGGUAGUGUCGGUGGUGAUACAGAACCGAUUUUGGGCAGUACUAUUGGCGGUGGCAUAAAUGAUCCAGCGCGUCUUUCUGCACCACCCGUGAGAAGAGAUAUGCCCAGUACAACAGAAAUCACCGAAUUGACAUCCGUUGAUAGUGUGACCUCGACCCAUGUUGAAAUGGAUAACUCUUUGAUGUCGGUACAGUCGACAACAGUGGCGCCCUCCUUGCCGCCAAAAAAGAAUGUUAAACGUCAGGACAGUCUACAACAACAACCACAUCAGCAGCAGCCACCAUAUCAACAACAACAGCCCCCACAGCAGCAGCAACCACCAAUACCGACUAAAACCCAUCAUGUAAUGCAACAACCAAUCCAACAACAAUUACAACAACAACUUCAGCAACAGGCACAAUUUCAACAACAACAAUUACAGCAGCAACAGGCGAAACAGUGUAACAACGAUACAACACGACGUCAUGUCGAUAAACGUAAUUCCGUAUCGGCUCAGACCGAUGUUAGUAUCGGUUCGAUGUCAAGUCUAAAGCGUCAGGAGUGUAAUAAUGUACAUCGUGAAGAUUCGACGUUGCGCGAAAGGCGGCAGUCGACAUCGUCAAGGCAUUAUGAUAAUGGUACCCAAACGCCCACAUCUCGUUCGAAGUACACAAACAAUAAUCAUCGGAAUUCAUCGACUAAUGUUUCAGCAUCCCAGACAGAAUUGAAUAAUGUAUGUCCACACGGUGGAAGCCAUGGCAAGACUAAUAACACCGUUAAAACUCCCGUUUCCUCCGAUUCCAGACGUGUCAGCAUGGGUUCAGCAUUAAAAUCGAAUUUCGUUGUGUCACAAAGUGACUUGUGGGAUACCCAUACCUUGUCGCAUGCCAAACAACAUUCCCGGCAGUCACCACGCAAUUAUGCCAGUCCACAACGUUGUACGGAACACAGUCAUAUUGUACCCUCAUCGUACGAUCAAAUAACCUCACCCAUACAACGUUCCGUAUCGGAAAAGAAUCGCAAUAAACAUCGACAUAAACCACAAAAGGGCACGGUGUGUCAAAGUGAAACGGAUAGCGAACGGGAACGUGAACCCACACCGCCCAGUACCCAGUGUAUGCAACAACGUAAGGCUAAUCGUACGAAUAUACAACAUGCUGCCCAUCACCACUCAUCUCCGAUGAUUGCCCCCGAUAAACAACGUCCGACAAAUAACAACAAUAAACAUCGUGGCAUAAAGACCGACUCGUCAUCAAUGUACGGUGCCAGUUCGGAAACGGAGCUGCUCGAUGGUGAAACGGCCAUAUUGCCGAUAUUUCGCAAACUUCUCACAGAGAAAAGUCCAAAUUAUCGCGGACGUAAUGUGGUGGGACAAAGUUGCCCCAAUAUAUCAAUUAAAUGCGAUAUUGUGGAAUAUUUGUAGUUGAAUUUUAAUCUAGCA